UAUUUCUACUUUCAUUUCGAUGGUGGCGGAAGAAUGUCAUCUCUGAGACGAGAAUCACAAGAUGAGGAGGAGUACUGGAUGAAAUCCAGGGUUAAUAAGAGCAAAUUCAACUUGUUUGAUGACAAUGUUACAGUUGAAAAUGCAGAAGAGUUGGCAAAGUCAAAAAAACUACUCACACAAUUUGAGGAUGAUGAUGUAGACACAGUAAACUGGGAUGAUACUCCUGUUUCCUCAGAAACAGAGUCAUCUGCAAACAGUGGCCAUGUUGUCCCUCCCAGUGCAUCCUCCCUCCCCAAAUCUGCCUCUCGGCCUGAAUCCAGAAAUGUCCCCCCAUAUAUGACACAUUCCAGAUCUCAGAGUGAGAGCUUUGGUGUAACAGGGCGAGUGUCCUUCACCCCUUCAUCACUGGAGUCCGUCACACCCACUGUGCAGUACAGCAAAUCUCAGGAAAAACUCCACUCCCUCACAUCUCCAUCCAGUGCUCGCAGUCUAGAGGACGAGAUCCCAAGUUACAUAUCUACAAGCAGUGGCUCCAAAAACCUAGAGGAGGAGAUCCUGUAUCUCAGAAGAGCUCUCAAGAAAGCUAGAGAGCUGAAGUUUUCUCCUGAGGACACCAUAAGGAAGAUGAUAUUGGGGGAGCCAUACAGUUUAGAAGUGUUUCGUUCCAAAGAGGAGAAGCUACAGCUGUUAGACAAGGCAAUACAGGUUCAUGAUGGAAACGCCAUAACUGCUGUGAUUUUAUUUCUGAGACAAACCAUCAAGCCAUCCCUAUUUAACCUGGAGCUUCAGCGAAGACCUGUGGCUAUCAACCAUUAUCUGAGUUAUCUCAGGACUCACUACGACUUCAAGGAGCUUGGUGAUGUACUGGGGAUGUUGAAUAGAACAGAAGAAGCUGCAAUCUUAAAGUACAAGCAAGCCAUAAGUGCUCCAGAUGUCAGGGGCAAGAUGAAUGCUCUAAGAGGAUGUCUAAAGGCGCAUUUCAUUCACGAGCCUGACUUGGCCCAUGAAGCUAACCUGGUGGAGCAGCAUGCAGCAUUACUGGAGAGACAGUGGCCAAUAGAGGAUACCGACAGUAAAUCUGAGGCCCAGGGUAACCCAUUGUUUAAGCAGUUCCCUCGUAAAGUCAGCAUUCUUAACAUGCCUCUGAUUACAACUCUGUACUACUGCUGCUUCUACCACGGACGGGAUGCCGAGAAUCUAUUGACUUCACCUUUUGCUAUAAAGAAACAACACCAGUUAUCAGACAAACAGUAUGUGUGGACAGCUCUCUCAGCAAGGUCAAGGUUAAAACAGUGGACUGGAAUAGAGGAACUCCUCACAGCCAAAGGUUGGUUUGGAAGCACCAAGAAAGUUUCAGUGAUUGGUUUUGACAAAGUGUGUGAAAUUCUUCACCGUACAUCAGCCCCAGAGGAGAUUUUGUCCAAGUAUCUGAGAAUGAUUGAUGGUUCGGAGAGACGGUUGAACAUCGCAAGGAAAUACAAAUGCCACGAAGUCGUGGUGGAGACUCUUGUAUAUCUGAGAGAUAGACAGGAGCUACAGGUAUACGCCAGUAAACUACCCCCGGGGUCCCUGGGACUGAGAAAUGCUCAGGAUGCGCUCCGAUCCUCUACAAUAAAGUGGAAGACCUGAAGAAAAGAAUGGAGUCAGUAGGAACAACAGAAAACCAAAGCAACUGUGAUAGCAGAGAGUGGAGAAAUAGUGCAUACGAGAGGCUCAUUUUAAAUCAAUAUGUACUGGACAUGAAAAAACAUAUAUUUACCCUAAUAACCAGACAAAAUCAGGAAUUUUAGUGAUCAAACUGUUAUCUACAUGUACAUGCAGUACUUUUACCAAAAAAAUGAUGUAAAAAUCUUCACAUGUUUGAUAUCUUUUAGCACGGAGAAUUAAAAUUGGUUGUUAAUGCUGGCAUUAGUGAUGAUACAAACGUAAUGAACUACAAAUAUUUACACCUCAUGUUAUGUAAAUACAUUUACGUGAACAUAUCUAACUUGUAACACACAUUUAUCUUUGGUUAUUAAUGUGAAAUUUGGAAUUGUUUAACCAACUGAGACAUUUCAAAUUACAUUUAUGUUUAUUUAUUUUGUUAAGAGAUUGUUAUCUUUUUUUUAUAUGGUAUGUUAUUUAUGUAUAAAUACAUUCUUCAUUCUA